AUGGGCGAGGCCUACGACGUGAUCGUGCUGGGCACCGGCCUGACGGAAUGCAUUCUCUAGGGGAUCCUGUCGGUGAAUGGGAAGAAGGUUCUGCACAUGGACCGGAACCCAUACUAUAGGGGCGAGAGCAGCUCCAUCACCCCUCUUGAGGAGCUGUGUAAGCAAUUUGGGGUCCCUGAGGGACCCCCCGAGUCAAUUGGGCAUGGCCGGGACUGGAAUGUCGACCUUAUUCCCAAGUUUCUCAUGGCCAAUGGCCAGCUGGUAAAGAUGCUGCUGUACACAGAGGUGACACGAUAUAUCGAUUUCAAGGUGGUCGAUGGCAGUUUUGUUUACAAGGGUGGCAAGAUCUACAAGGUGCCAUCCACUGAGACUGAGGCCCGCUCUCUUGCCUCCAACCUCAUGGGCAUGUUUGAGAAGUGGUGCUUCCUGGUGUUCGUGGCUGGCUGUGAGGAGGAUGACCCCGCAACCCUGGAGGGACUUGACCCCCUCCUUGGGCUCUACGCCCACUUUGAUUUGGGCCCAGAUGUAGUUGACUUCACCGGCCACGCCCUGGCCCUCUACCAAACAGAGGACUACCUGGACGAGCCGUGUGAGGAGCCCAUCCGGCACAUCAAAUUGUACAGCGAAUCAUUGGCAUGCUAUGGCAAGAGCCCCUAUCUGUACCCACUCUACGGGCUGGGCGAGCUGCCCCAGGGCUUCGCCAGGUUGAGUGCCAUCUAUGGGGGUACUUACAUGCUAAACAGGCCAGUGGAUGAGAUUCUGAUGGAGAAUGGGCGUGUGGUUGGGGUCCGCUCUGAAGGGGAGGUGGCACGGUGCCGGCAGGUGCUGUGCGACCCCAGCUAUGUCCCUGACCGUCUGCGCCGGGCCGGAUGCAUCAUCCUUGCCAUUUGCCUUCUUGCACACCCCGUGGCUGGCACCGGAGACACUACUUCCUGCCAGAUUAUCCUGCCUCAGAAUCAGCUCGGAUGCUGCUCGGGUAUAGGGACAUCUGUGUGUGUAGUGUCAUUGGCUCACAACGUGGCAGCACCAGGGAAGUUUAUCACCAUUGCCAGCACCACGGUGGAGACACCAGAGCCUGAGGAGAAGUUGACCCUUGCCCUGGCCCUGCUACAGCCCAUUGCACAGAAGUUUGUAUCCAUCAGUGACCUCUACGAACCCACAGAUGAUGGGACUGAGAGCCAGGUAUUCUGCUCAUGGUCCUAUGAUGCCACAACCCACUUUGAGACGUGUGCUGACAUCAAGGACCUCUUCCAGCGCGUGAUGGGUUCUGCCUUUGACUUUGAGGUAAUAAAGCAGCGUCAAAAUGAUGUCUUCGGUGGCAAAGAUGAGCACUGACCUGGAGCCCCACAUCAUUCCCGUCCCGUUCCCC